CCAAACGCAUCCUUAAGGUUUUAACCAAAACGAAGCGGCUUGAGCAUUUCAUCCCGUAGAACAAGAAUUUUGAGAGAAACCCUAGAUAGAAAAAAUCCCCAACUUGCAGCGAUGGCAAUUGCAAGGACCGGAGUGUACGUCGACGACUAUCUUGAAUACGCAAACACAUUGCCUGCUGAGCUCCAGAGGCUCCUCAACACCAUCCGAGAACUCGACGAACGCUCUCAAUCCAUGAUACACCAGACGAGGCAGCAGACUAAGUACUGUCUGGGAUUGUCUUCACAGAGCUCAAAGAAAUGGAACAAUAAUUAUAACAACAUUGAAGAAGAUGAAGCCGCUAUUGAGAAAAUGCGGAAAGAAAUCGAAUCGAAUCAGGAUAGUGCGUUGAGCCUAUGUACUGAGAAGGUUUUGUUGGCACAACAAGCUUACGACCUGAUAGAUAGUCAUGUAAAACGAUUGGAUGAGGAUCUGAAUCACUUUGCAGAAGAUUUGAAGCAAGAAGGUAAAAUAGCACCAGAUGAACCAGCAGUCCUUCCUCCAUUACCUAUUGUUCCUAAAAACGAAAAACGCAAGCCUGUUUAUAUAACACCUCAAUCAAAAAGGCUUGAUUAUAGGGAUAGGGACUGGGAUCGAGAGCGCGAUAGGGACUUUGAGCUCAUGCCUCCCCCAGGGAGCCAUAAAAAGGAUUAUGCUGUCCCCAUUGAUGCUGAGCAGCCCAUUGAUCCAAACGAACCUACCUACUGCGUUUGCCAUCAGGUCUCUUUUGGAGAUAUGAUUGCCUGUGACAAUGAAAAUUGCCAAGGAGGUGAAUGGUUCCAUUACGCAUGUGUUGGGUUGACACCCGAGACAAGAUUCAAGGGAAAGUGGUACUGUCCAACAUGCAGACUACAACCACAGAGUCAACAGUGAUCUCUCUCGCACGGCCUAAGAGCGGGGAGAAGGUUAUGAGUCUAUGACUAUAAUCCGUAAGGUUGGUGAAGAUUGUAAUAGAGAGAUGAUGGUGAGCUACUCAGAUUCUUACACGUAUCUAUUUCUUUGCCAUCCUUGUCUAACAACUUCCCCUCUACUCUCCUCCUUUGAAGCUCAAAUUUUAUUGCUUUUUAUUGGGUAAAGAUUAUAAUUAUUUGGAAAUCGAAAUCUGAGUGAAAACACAGAAUUUUCCACUGUAGAAAAAACGAUCCCAGAUGUAGAUUCUGAAAAAACUGCAAAUUCUUUCUUCUUUAUUUGGAGAGAUGACUUCCUCAACGAAGAAUUUCUCGUAUCAAUGAGCUCUACUUUUA